AUGAGAAAUAGAACGAUUAGGCUAUUGUAUGGUUACUUACAGUUGUCACGGCAUACGAGAAAGACAGGAGCAAAAAUCUGGACAUAACCACAGGCUUAUAAUAAAAGUAUUAUUACUAUAUUAGUCCUGAUAGUUUUCUUCUGAUAUAGUAGUGGGAGUUCAGUUGUGGUUCUAUCCGUCUGUGUGUUGGGUCUGGGCUGUUUCCUUAGCCUGAGUGCUGCACACUCAAGGGAGCACCAUAUAUAUAUAUAUAUAUAUGUAUAUGUUCUAUGCACAUCCAAAAAUGUAAAUAGAGCUAUCCAGCAUAGCCUACAUGUGUACCCGCCAUCAACUGGUAAGCCAAACAACGAAUGUUCUAAGUGUUCGAUACCAAAUAUAUUUCAAACGGACGAAGAUACACAGAAGAGGAAACAUCUUGUCACAAUAUUACUGAAAAAUUAUAUUAAACAAAACCAGAAGACGGAGGAAGAUCAUGUUUGUUCCCUUGCCGGUGCCGUUCAUGUUUCAGAGAACUGCCCCUGACCUCAACGCCUGGCGUCUCAAGUCCCCGUUGGCUCUACGUUCCGACUCCGAUAUCAGGAUGUCAAAGCCAGUAGCGGUUGAGAACACAGGGGCUGACUCUCCAAUGGAGAGCACAGAUUCAGAGCGGAACGGUCCUGACUCGAAUCAUCAGGUUCAACAGAUGAAAAUCAGUCCCUUUCCCCUUUCUCCAACCCUCAGCAGCAACAAGAAUAAGAUGGAAGAGUGUGGUGAGAUGUCCCCGGGCCCUCCUCCACACCACAGCCACGCCCCCUCACAGACGCCCCUCCCACACACACAGCUCAUGCUGACCGGCUCCCAACUGGCCGGGUUGACCGCUCUCUUGCCAGCUCAGCAGCAGUUGUUACUGCAGCAGGCUCAGGCUCAGCUUCUAGCUGCAGCUGUGCAGCAGUCUGUUCAGCAGUCCAACGCAGCUCACGCAGCUCACGCAGCCCACGCAGCCGCCCAAGCCAAUCAGCAAGCUCAGGCAGCCGCAGCAGCCAAUCAACAGGCCCAGCAGCAGCAGGCGGGACAGACAGGGCAGCAGGGCCAAUCACAGCCCCAGGGACAGGGACAGAGCACACAGCAACAGACAGGUCAACCUGUCCCUGUGCCGCCCACUCAUCCCCAGCUCACCCUAUCUCAGCCAAUCCAGCUCACCGCCCAGGACAUCCAGCAGUUGUUGCAGCUGCAGCAGUUGGUUCUGGUGCCAGGACAUCACCUGCAGUCUCCUCAGUUCCUCCUCCCACAGCACCAAGGGCAGCAAGGACUGCUAUCAACACCAAAUCUGAUUCAGCUACCUCAGCAAAACAAUGGGAGCCUCCUGUCCGCUCCCACCAGGCUGGGGCUCCAAGCACAGAGAGACAAGGCAAUGGAGGGCAGUGGGGUCAUGACCUCUGUGUCCUCUGUGACCUCUCACCCCGAGGAGCCCAGUGACCUGGAGGAACUGGAGGUGUUCGCCCGCACCUUCAAACAGAGACGCAUCAAACUGGGCUUUACACAGGGUGACGUGGGUAUGGCCAUGGGGAAGCUAUAUGGGAAUGAUUUCAGCCAGACUACCAUCUCUCGCUUCGAGGCCCUCAACCUGAGCUUUAAGAACAUGUGCAAACUCAAACCACUACUGGAGAAGUGGCUCAAUGAUGCAGAGACCAUGUCCACAGACAGUACUAUGCCCAGCCCCAGCUCUCUGUCCUCUUCCUCUAUGGGCUUUGAGGGCCUGCCGGGCCGACGCAGGAAGAAGAGAACCAGCAUCGAGACUAACGUCCGCGUGGCCCUGGAGAGAGCCUUCAUCACGCAGAACCAGAAGCCUACCUCAGAGGAGAUCCUGUGUAUCGCGGACCAGCUCAGCAUGGAGAAGGAGGUGAUCCGCGUGUGGUUCUGCAACCGCCGCCAGAAAGAGAAGCGUAUCAACCCCAACAGUGCCACCCCUCCCCUGCCUGGCCAGCCACCCCAAGCCCCACCAUCACACAAACCCCCCUGCUACAGCCCACACAUGAUGUCCAGUCAGCUGUCCAGUCAGCUGUCCCAGGCAGUGACCAGCCUCAGCACCACAAUGACCACCAUGUCAUCGUUCUCCCCUCUGACCCCCAGUGGUCCCACCCACUCAUCUCUCAGCUCCGCCUCCUCUCCAGUGACUCCUCCUCCUCGCAGCACAGCCAGCCCAGCCCCUCACAGCCACAGCACACUGAGUCUCAACACAGGCUUAUGGCGUAUGGGUAAAAAGAACGGUGACGUGUCUAACUACAUCACCGAUUUUGCUGCAAACUUGAGGAACACUGUGAUGGGAGUAAACACAGGGAACCAGGCUCUGAACCAAGCUCUCCUCAGCAACAACCCUCUGGCUACUAUACAAGCCCUAGCAGCCAGUGGUGGCCAGCUGCCCCUUUCCAGUCUUGAGGGGGGCAGUAAAGUGUUGCUGGGGGGUGCAGGGGGGCAGGGAGGGGGUCUCCAGUCCUCCUUCUUCCUCAACCACCCCGCUUUCCUCCACAUGGGCCAGAAUCCUGGUGCUGGAUUGGUCAGUGCUGCCUUAGCCAAAGCCUCCCAGCCCUCCCCCUUCCCCUUCACCAGCAGCGUAAGCCCCACCCCCUGCUCCCCCUCUCCUUGCUCCAGCCCCGCCUCUUCCUGCAACUCCGAUGAAUUGGCGCACAGCCCAUCCUCGCUGGGAGGGGCUAAGAUUGAGUGACACAGCCAAGCACCAAUCAGAGAGGAAGAGGAGAAAGGAGGAAACGACAACCUCGCCUUUCAACCAAAGCUAUCUCUUUCUCUCUCUCGCCCUACUUCUGUUUUUUCACCAUCACGCUCUCUCUCUCUCCCAGUCUUUCGAUGCCAAAAAUACACAGAAUGAAAGAGAGGAGAGGGGGAGGGACAGAAGUGAAAGGGGGAGAAGGGGGGAAAGAGGAAGAUUGAAACCAAAAAUCUUUAUCUAUCCAAGGUGAUGGAGGAGGCAUCGUGGGACUGUUUUGUCAAUAAUGAGCGAUAUCGCACCUCUCCUUUCUUUCUCUCUUUCUUUCCCUGG